CUGCAGCGACGUAACAUCGCGCGCCAGUCUGCCCCGAGCUGCCGCCCGCGACGCCCGUGUCGUGAGGCGCGACGACGCCGAACCUCCGACAUCGCGAAAAAAGUUUUCGUCCGAUACACGAAACUUUUCUUAGACUUUCCUUUCAACUCGCACAUUGUUGAACUGGAACAGUCUGUUUCGAACCCGGCGAACGCGGAAAGUGACCUUCUAAAACCGGAAUUCGGUAUCCUCCGGAACGGGUUUAGUCUCGGACCCCGCCGUGCCAGGACUUUCGUGAAGUGCUAACUUGAUUUUCAUAGUGGUGUGUUCAGUGUGAGUGACUGGAUUCUACGCUUAACACGGAAGGCCGGACGUUGUCCCGACUUUUAAGGUCGGCUUCUUUGUAAAAGUGCUGUUAAAAUUUCAAGCAUGCCGCCACCCGUGUAAGGCAUGAGCGGUCGCGGCACGGGGGGGCAGCGCUGCCAGCUGAUCUUGCAGCGUUGCCUCGCGAUACAACUCACCAAGCCCGGCAACGCGCCCGAUGACUUCUGGAUGUAUGAGUCUGGAUAUCUGCUCUUUCAGAGCUUCCUAUCAGCGAACGCGAAAUGCUGGUGGGCUGGAGCCCUAGCGGCGGCGACGGCGGAGCUGCGGUACGCGGGGUAUGUCUGCCCCGGCGUGCUGCUGGUGGCCGGGGCGCCGCGGGCGCUAGAGACUGUGCGCGGAGCAUACGCCCGGUCCGUGCUGAAGCCACCGCCCACUUACCUGAUAUGUGGACUGGGUGACAUCGAGGACUGCAUAGUGACGCCGGCGUACCAAGGCCAGUUCACACCGCUUCCGGAAGCCUUGUGCGACUGCAUCAUGGACUUGACGUCACAGGGGCAAUCAGCAACAUUGGAAAGUAUAAGAACGUCGUUGUCGGCGAAGUUCCCAUCCAUGCAGACGCCAUCACAGGAGGUUGUGUACGACACGCUCGCACAACUCAUGCAGGAAAGGAAGAUCUACCAAACAUCAAGGGGCUUCUUCAUAGUCACGCCAGAACGCCGUCGCUCCCGGUCUCGAUCCUCGUCCCGGCACCACAACAGCAUCGAGGACGACUGCCCCUCGCCCCGCACCAUCCUCAUGUCAGAUCAGGAGGCUCUGCACCAGCUCUACGGAGAGAUCACAACCCUCAGGGAUGGCGCCGUCACGCAUCAGUGCGUGCAAACUAAUUUAGCUGACGUUAUUUGUGGAGGCAAUCCGAACGACAAGAUCCUCUACGGCCGGCCGAACAAGCGUCGCAGCGCCUCGUUCCCCGCCCCUCGCUCCCUGGACCGUCGCAACUCGCUUCGGAUCUUCGGGUCCUCCAGCAAGUACCUUCAGCGAUGUGCCUCCACCAGGAGCCUGCAUCACAAGAACGCUAACACCACUGACAGCUCGUCUUCCACCGAUUACCCGCCGAGCGUCGAAUCUGCGUCGCCUAAGAAAGUGUCCCUGCUGUCCCGCUUAUUCAGACGAAGCGGCCGCAGCAAGCAGACGCGCGCGAUGAGCACCUUCUCUGCGCAGUUCCCGCCAACCGAGUGGUUCAACUCCAAGGCGGUUCACCUACACUGUGUGGCCACGCAGACCAACUCGAAGGAGUCUUUGCAGAGUCAAACAUCGUUCGUCUCAUCUUAUUACGACGGUUCGGAAAUCAGUAAUCGGUCUUCGACGCUGCCGCGCAGGCACAAGAGGCACCUGUCCACAGAGUCCGGCCUAGCCGGCUCGGUGACGGGCAACUAUGACCACUCGCCCGUCCGCCACUCCAGCCCGAGCUCUGGCAGCCUGCCGCGCUCCACACUCAGUAGGAGCUCCACCAACAAAACCAUCCUGGACCACUUCGGAUCACCACAAAGAAACAGCGACCCCAAACUAAGAGACAGUCCAAGUGGAAGCCUAAGAAGGGUUGACUACUCCAACUCAGACCACAUCAUGUCCACCAGUGGCCCCUCUAGCUUAGAAAGCACGACGCCACAUCGCACUCCCAGGAAGGAUCUUAGGAACGGUCAGUUAGACCAAAACUCUCCGAUGAAAAGGGGCUACCACACCAGCGGGAGUAGUGGUCACUCGAGCCUAGAGUCCCACAUAUCAGAUCGCACGUUAAAGCCUUCGCCUAGUCAUAGCAACACGCACGGAGCCCCCGGCCUUAGCAGAGCACAGUCACUCGUCAAAGUGCAGAGCUUACAGAGUUCGCCUAAAAGCCUGCACAAAUACAGAACGAAACCACCCAUGGUUGGUGGAGAAACGGUAAAAAACGGUAACACGUCACCCAAAAGUUCGCCAAAAAACUGUCCAAGCACACCCAAAAAAACCGCAACCCCGCUGCAUAAAACCCUAGGUUCUAAAGUAGAAAACCCGUCGACUACGAUGUUGGCCAGUUCUAAUUCUAACAACUCUAUCACACUAAAAGUUACCACGAAUACUAUAUCUCAGAACGGUGGUGGUACUAACACCAAAGUAUAUGUACAAAACUCGCCAGUAAGAUCUGUUAUCACUUUCGAGAAUGGUAAAGUCACCGAGACUUCAAACGGGAGCAAUAUUUACAUCAUCAACGAUGACAGACAAGUCGUGUCAGUGUCUCAGAACGGAGUCCAGAAUAAAGUCCCAAAAAAUCCGACAGAAACCUCAUUCGACGUUUGUGUUGAAAAGAAUAAGCAAAUGUAUCAAGAAGCAGAACCUAUCAAAGUACAAGAAAACAAGUUCAAUAAGAAUUCGAUUAACGACACGGGUAUGAAUAAUAAUCGUAAGCUUUCUUUACAAAUAGGUGGUGCAAGUAAUAAUAAUAGUUUUGUGUACAAAAAUCAAUUAAACAAUACAAACGAAGUCGCAUCUAAUCCUGCUUCUCCGGCUAUACAUAAUAAUAUAAAUAAUUUGGAAACAACAGCGAAUAGCAUCCCUUCGACGCCAACUAAAAGUUACGAUAAUAUUAUAGGAUCAUUGGGAAGUCUGAGGUACCAGAAGAACUCUUUGUCGUCGGCCAACAGUGGGCUACAGACGAACAUAAACUCGAACAGUGAAUUGAAAAGCGUCGAUUUGUUGAAAAAGGCCGCAGCGCUGCAAAUGUUGAAUGGACUUCCAAAUGUAAAUAACAGAGUCAGCUCGGAGUCCAUCGCAAAUCUGUUGACGAAGGCUAUCGACCACAAGCCGACAGUUCUGGGCUCCGAGCCGAACCUGGCGCUCAAGAACCAGGAACCAAUCAAAGAUAUAAACACGUCGGCGGAGAAGAUAAACUGCUUGGAGAAUAAACAGAAAAGGUACAGCCUGAGCCAGGAGAGCAAGAAGGAAAACCAAGAUUUCUAUAACUUUCCGAGUUUAAGCGACUUGAGCUUUAAUUUUACUAGUUUAGCGGCGCAGAAGAUCCUGAAAGGGGUCAGUAUAAACAGUGUGGACACGCUGGUAGAGCUGAACAUGGCCGCCAACAACACGGAGAAGCAGAACAACCGCGAUGUCGCCGCCGUGUGCACGGAUUUUGGCCUUGUAUAGCAAUUAACAUAUAAUAUUUUUUGUUGUAAAAUGUACAAUAGUAGAUAUAACACGGUAUGAUGUAAGGUAGCUGUAUAUCUUAGGUAUUCGUAACUACUUUGUAACACGCUUUAGAUACGCAAUACCUACCUAUGUUAAGUUCAAAAAUUUUACUCAUAAGAUUUUGUACUCCCUACUUAUGGAAUUUAUCCCUUAAACGCAUUGUAUCCCUAUUAUUAAAAUUUUGUUUGUCUUUACUAACUUAUUAUCAUCGAAAGUAUCAAUGUAGAAAUUAUUUAACACAGUAUUCAUAAAUGUAAUCGUUAAUGAAUAAUCGGAAAAUUCUUAGUUUGUAGCUCACUUUAAAAGUAACAAGACAAUAAAUUAUGAACACCUGUGAGAACCAAACGUGGCCUAAAGUUGCCUAAUGACAUGGAAAUUUAGUGCCUAAUUCGAUCAUAAUAUAAUUGUAAUUCAAUUGUAGCCAUAACGUAGUGUUUCACUAUCCUUUAGCAUGUAUGCGGCUCGCACGCUGAUUAGAUAACUGUAUUUAAAAUUAUCCUCUCCACAGCACUUCUGUUCGUGCCAUCUCAAUAUUUCCAGUGAAAAAGUCGAGUACAAACUAGAAUACCUAACUCCAAUAAACAGAUUCCAUCCAACAAUGGGAAUUUAUAGGAAUGAUUUGUAAAAUGUAUGUCAUGUAUUAAGUGCCAUAAAACCAUAGUAUUACAUAACGCGGCGACAUAUGGAAUGGGAAGGGGUCUAUGGAUUGAUCAUUACAUGUCUAAGAAUUUUACUGUAUUUGUGUAUGAAAGCAAUGGGUAUUUAUUCAUUAGGGAAGAUAAUCAGAAGUCAUAUCGCAAUUAGUUUAAAUCAGUAAUAACGCCAUUUGUAAAAAUUUAUUAACAAUAUAAGAUGAUGCUUUAAAA